UUUUCCACAAAUUCAUAAGCCCUAGACCCCAGCGCGUACCAGUCUUCGGUCUUGACCAUCGUCUCCAUCGCGGUAUUUGUCGAGCUGCUUUGCUGAGGAAAAACAAAAUAGAACAUAUCUUCUGUAUUCACGGCGGAAGUUUUUAGGGAUUCAUUUUAGGGGUUAUUGAUUCCGGCUAGCUCGUGUGAAAAUUUUGUUAGAUGAAUUAUAGAGCAAGAUAUCCGCCGCCUGGGAUGAGCAGCGGCGGAAGAGGAGGUGCCGGCCUGAACCCUAACGCAAACCCUGAUUUUAAGCCUAGAAAUCCUCAUCAGUACGUCCAGCGAAGUCCACUUCCAAAUCAACAGCAUUUCCAGAACCAGCAAACCCAGCAGUGGCUCAGACGGAACAACGAGUUGGGUGCUGAUUUUACCGCCGACGAGGUUGAAAAGACCGUGCAAUCUGAAGGAAUUGAUGCAAGUUCGCAAAAUUGGAAGGCGCAGUUGAAUAUACCUCCACCAGAUACACGGUACAGAACUGAGGACGUGACAGCAACUAAGGGGAAUGAAUUUGAAGACUACUUUUUGAAACGUGAACUGCUCAUGGGGAUUUAUGAGAAGGGGUUUGAGAAACCGUCGCCAAUACAGGAGGAAAGUAUUCCAAUUGCCCUAACUGGAAGUGAUAUUCUUGCUAGAGCUAAGAAUGGAACUGGAAAAACGGCUGCCUUCUGCAUUCCUGCCUUAGAAAAAAUUGAUAUUGACAUCAACUCUAUUCAAGUUAUUAUCCUUGUUCCAACACGAGAAUUGGCUCUUCAGACAUCUCAAGUUUGUAAAGAACUUGGGAAGCACUUGAAAAUCCAAGUCAUGGUUACAACUGGUGGAACUAGCUUAAAAGAUGAUAUUUUGCGUCUAUAUCAACCAGUUCAUUUAUUGGUGGGAACUCCUGGAAGAAUACUAGACCUUUCAAAGAAAGGUGUUUGCAUGUUAAAAGAUUGCUCAAUGCUUGUGUUGGAUGAGGCUGACAAGCUACUAGCUCCAGAAUUCCAACCAUCAGUGGAGCAACUAAUACGUUUUUUGCCUCUAAAUCGUCAAGUUUUGAUGUUUUCAGCUACAUUCCCGGUUACUGUGAAAGAUUUUAAAGAUAGAUAUUUGCAUAAGCCAUAUGUCAUCAAUCUGAUGGAUGAGCUUACUCUUAAGGGCAUUACACAGUAUUAUGCUUUUGUUGAAGAAAGGCAGAAAGUGCAUUGCCUGAACACACUCUUCUCCAAGCUACAAAUCAACCAAUCAAUUAUUUUCUGCAAUUCUGUAAAUCGUGUUGAACUUCUAGCCAAGAAGAUCACAGAGCUUGGCUAUUCUUGCUUUUACAUUCAUGCAAAGAUGCUUCAAGACCACCGAAAUAGAGUAUUUCAUGACUUCCGCAAUGGUGCCUGUAGGAAUCUUGUUUGUACUGAUCUGUUUACAAGAGGGAUAGAUAUUCAAGCAGUCAAUGUUGUUAUUAAUUUUGAUUUCCCAAAGAAUUCAGAAACAUAUCUACACAGGGUUGGACGAUCUGGGAGAUACGGUCACCUUGGCCUGGCUGUAAACCUGAUAACUUAUGAGGACCGCUUCAAUCUGUAUAGAAUUGAGCAAGAACUUGGAACUGAGAUCAAGCAAAUUCCUCCACAUAUAGAUCAGACUAUAUACUGCCGAUGAUGUGUGAUUGAUAGCUAUGUGGUCAAUAGUGGUUACAGUGAAUUGCUCAGGCCUCCUUUCACUGAAAGUACAACACUAUUGAGGUGCUUUACUUGAAUUUGAGGUAGAAAAUGAAAAGACUGGAUGCUGCAUUGGUGUUUCAAGGUGCAUCCCAAGGAAAUUGUGUGUACAUAUAUCCUAAAUAGCUGCCUGGAUUCACUCUAAAAAGUUCCUGAAUCGAACCUUUUACUAGGUGUUGUUAUGUUGCAUUUGCUUCUAUAAACAAAAAAAAAAAAAACUAGUUGUAUCUGUUGUUGCAUUAGUAUGCUCGCCCCUCCCCCUGUUCCUAUUUGGCUUGAGUGGUUUAAGAUCUGUGUUUGCUGUCGCACAUACGGAAUUAUUAGUAGUAACUAAUACUUGAUUAUGACUUAUGAGGACUUGAUAUUCUAGUCCAGUGGGGGUAUGUUGCUUUUAAGUUUAUUAUUCAUGACUUUAUUUUCAAA